AUGUUUACUACUGCUGAAAUCAAGGAACGUCUAACGAAGGCCUUUUCAUCUUUGCAGGAAAAUGUCUACAAGGGUAAGCUUACUCAUUUUAAAGAAAUCCAAGCAUUCCAAAAGUACUUUGAAACUGUCUAUAACCCAAUGGAACUUGUUCAAACCGUCUGUUACGCAACGCCAAUUUUAAAAGAGAAAUUUGAAAAACAAAUUGCCAAAAAGAAAUUUCCCAAAGCUGGUAGUGGCAAGCCUCCUUUGACGCCAAAGAAAAGAAAAGUCCCAAUUGAAAGUGUAAUUCUUGUCGAAGAUGAUGAAAAAGAAACUCCUCCAACUCCACUUAUGAAGAAACAGAAAAAGAAUAAGGCAACAGUUGCCCCUUACCAAAAAACCAAACAACAAGGUGACGAAAUCAAGAUUCUCCCUCCUCCUUCAAAGGAAACUCAAUCCCAUCCCUCUGGUGGCGCAGUGAUGGAGCACAUUGGGAGCAAUGCUUCCGACCCUGAGGCUCAACAGGAAAAACCCACCACUCCCCUCAUUUCUACUGCCAAUCAGAGUGAUCCUUCGAGCGAUUCGAAGCAAGCUGAAGGGAAGGAUUCAGAAGAGAAAGAAGAUUCUGAGGAUACUCCCAGUAACUCUCCUCCAAGAGUUAUGUUCCCUUCAGAUUACGCUGACGAGGAUGAUCAGGAUUCUGAUGAGAUUGAGGGGUACUUUCAGCAAGAUGAAGACAUGAGUGAGGGAGAAGCUGAUCUUGAAGGAAAUCCGACUGGAACUGGUGAUGCUAUUGUCGAAACGGUCCCAAAUCCAACUAAUGUUCGAUCAUCCGCAAUCCAGACUUCGCCUAUAUCACUUACUGAGGAGGAGAAAAAUGCUUUGAAACAAAAUGAUCCCCUCAAGUAUGUAAGAUUGAUGAUGGCUCAAAGAGAAUCUUCUUCAGAAAACAGGAUUUCUGGAGCUUCGACCCACUCUGAAUUGCAGAAGAAGAUUUCUGAUGCUAAAGCGAAGCAGGCUGCUAUCCAAGGCUUGGAUAGUACUGAAGCUGAUAAUCUGGUGAAGCAGAGCGUAGAUCACGUCGAAAAGGCUACUGCUAUCAAUGCAGAUAUUGCACGCCUCAGAGGGGUUAAAGCUGUUGUUCAGUACAAGAUUGGCUUGGCGAGAUAA